AGCUGAGAUGGUUGUUGUUGCAGGGGACUCUGUUCUAUUUCCAACACCGGAAAAUGGACGACCAAACUCACAGACAGCCUGGAUUUUUGUUACCCGCAAUCAUAUGGAGAUAAUAAGAUAUGAAGCAACACAUAUUACAAUUUCUAAACCUGCACCUACAUAUGAAAAACGAAUCUUGUACUAUUCAGACAUGCGGACCUUUGUGCUAACACAGGUACGGGAAGAUGACAGUGGAAUCUAUGAAUACAUUGACCUUUCUACGAAAACCCGCAUAUUCACAGUGCAUCUCCAUGUGUACGGGAAGUAUUGGACGAUGAAGGAUACACGGUCCUGUCCCCAUCUGACUUCUGAGGAGGUUGUUACGGUUUUUCACUGUGACACAUUGGAACUGGCAAUCAAUCAGCUUGGAAAGCCGCAAAUAAGUAGUAAUUCCACCCUGGAGAACAGUAUUGUUGCAUUGACCUGUUCAGUGUCAACGGCGAUCCAAUCUGUCACAUGGCUCAUCUCAGGAUUUGCUGCUCAAAAUAACCGAUACACAUUGAUCAAUAAUAGCAGGACUUUGGUCAUCAAAAAUGCUCAAAAAUCAGACUCUGGCACAUAUACGUGUUUUGUACGAAACCCGUUCAGUGAAGCCAGUGCCAGCUACGAGCUGACAAUCGAGUUUUUAGGAACAUGGGAUUCUGAUGGAGACUUCACUUUCGCUGUCCUUGGCAAUAUUUGUCCUUGUCCUACAGCAUGUCCUGAAUCAAUACAUCAUAUAUGCUGCUGCAGGAAGAAAUUCCCAUGACCAGAAAAUCCCGAAAUGUAUAAAACAACAGUUUGGAGUUUGUAUAACCACAUAAGUUCAGACAUAUUGUUUGUCAGAUGAUUGAUCUCUAUGCUGAAGCCAGAACAAUCAACAGGACCUAACUGAGUGGGACACAGGAAGAUCCAGAUACUGUCACCAACACCUAACUGAGUGGGAGAGAGGAGGAUCUCAAUACAGUUUCCCAACAUCUAGCUGAAUGGGAGAGAGGAAGACCCAGAUACAUUCACCAGCAUCAAACUGAGUGUGAGAGAGGAUGACCCAGAUACAUUCACCAGCAUCAAACUGAGUGUGAGAGAGGAGGACUCAGAUACAGACACCAGAACAUAACUGAGAGGGCGAGAGGAGGACUCAGAUGCAGUCUCCCAACACCUAACUGAGUGAGUGAGAGGAGGACUCAGACAGUCUGAUUGGGAGAGAGAAUGAGCAGACACCACUUAAAAUAGUAUGAGGAGAAGGGAAAACAGUCUAAGACUAACAUCACAGCAAACCCUUGAAUUGAUUUGUUAUUGAGUGGCUGCUGUUGAAGACUUUGUUUCCAUACCAAGAAUUUGGAAAGGCAUAGAUAUCUAAAAUAGGACGGGAAAGGAAAGAAUUUACAACUGUAGAGGAGAGAGCUGAUUGGUAGGUAAGAAAAAAGACUCUCAACUAAUUUCUAGUUUGUAAAGUUUCAAUAAGUAAAGCAAAUUAAACAUGUAAGUUUAGAUAUUACAGGGAGGUCAAGCAAGUGUAAUGCAAAUGUGAGGACUGCAGAUGCUGGAAAUCAGAGUC